AUGGCGGAUGCACUGAUAUUCUCAUCAAAAGCGACGAACCUAUCUGUCGCCGCACGCCUCUUCAGCUCAACUCUCUCUCCAGUCAAACUCGAUUACCUAUUAACGCCUAUCAUCAUGCGAUUCUUCACCGUCGUCGCUGUCGUCAUGACUCUCCGCGCGGCUGCUGCCGUCGUCGUCCCAGGAGGCGGCUAUUCAGACUGCACAAACUCCGAAGUCCGGCUUCAACUUGUUGGACGCGAUGACACCGACGAUACUCGCGACAAAUUCCGGAACUUCCUCGACAACUACGAGUCAUGGUCAAAGGAUGAACGCCGGGACUUCCUGUACGACAUCGACCCCAAGACAGUUGAUCUGGAGCAGGAGAUGCUGGAGCAAAUCACAAAGAUCCCCAAGGUUGAGAAGAUUUUGGAUGGGAAGCAGCUGACGAACGAGAUGGUGGUGUUAUACUUGAAGGAUAUGCAUAAGAAGGAUAACAAGGACGAAUGA